AAGAAAGGCUUAUAUUUUCACUGAUUUGGGAAUUUCCGUGGAUGGUGCAAUACUAAAUACACGGCGCAGUCUUUGGGGGAUUCCGAUGUUGCAUCAGCACGCGUGUUCCUUGGACCGCCGUGUACCAGUGAAAAAAAUACAGUGAACAGAAAUGGCCACAUCCAAUUAUGCCAGUGAGGAAAUGUGCAGAGUGCUGUAAGGAAAAUGUCAGAGUGCGGGAACCAGUGUAAUGGGAGUCCCCACUUUUGAAUCCAGUCUUUCAGUGCAGUUGCAGCAUCGUCGAACUCAGCUCAAUCACCAAAUCAGUGUCUUUCGUAUGAUCAGAGGCAGUAGCUUUAUACCUCGUCUCGCAAAUAAACUUAACCAGCAGUCGACAGGCAGGAGAGAUGGCAAGCAACAACAAUUAUGGGGUUGUUGGUUACUGGCAUGAGCCUUCAUUUCCGGAUAUUAAGGCAUUGGAAGGCGACUUAUGCCUGGGUGAUAGGGUGGAGUUCCGCCGGGACGUCGGGUACGCACACUGGGGUAUAUACGUCGGUCAGUAUCGAGGUAUGAGACACGCUGUCAUCCACUUCGGUAUGUUCGAAGGAGGGCCGGAAUUCUCCAAAAAGAAGGCAAUGGGAAUUCCGUCUGCUGCCAGUGAAAAGCCCGAGAUACGAGCUGAUACAAUAGGGAUGAUUUUCGGCGGCUCUGGCAGGGCGAGGAUCAACAACUCCAGAGACCAUCAAGAAAAGCCUUUGGAUCCCGGCGUCAUCAUUGAAACAGCAAAGAAGAUGCACCGAGACAAAACGCCGAUCGACUACAACCUUUUCAGCAGUAACUGCGAGCACUUCGUGAACCUCUGUCGAUACAGUCAUCCCCACAGUGAUCAGAUUACUGCAGCAUUGCAGACGGCUGGGUACACGACGCUUGCCGUUGGUGCUAUCGGUGCAGUAAUAGCUAUCACCUCCGCGGUCAUAAGUCCCAGAACUGAACGAAGAUAAUACUGUCACUUCAACUACUUCUCGUGGAACACCACAGUUAAUUGAGUUGCCAGAGAACCACACAGGGAAAGGAGCUCCGAAUAAGCGAACAGCGACACUCGGAUUUAUUUGCCUGUGGUUCGACAGGAAUUGAAGGGUGAUGUCGCAAGGAUGAUAACCAAAACAAUACAUGUAGUACAUAACAAAGUACAGUGCUGAUGCAGCUAUAAAAACACAACUCGUCAGUUCAGUGCUUAAAGGUCAAUUUAAAUUGAUAAUUCAGAUAUAUUUUGUAAAUAAGCGGGGCAAAUAGUAGAACAUUGAAAUAUGUAGAGACAAAUUAUAACGACUGAAAAAAGGUACAACAGAUGCGCAAUCACAUCAAACCAAAAUCUGGCAAACAUUCCCCGUUCAGAAUGUUUUAUUAUAUAUACAAUUUAGUUCGUGUUCAAACCAGUUAAAUUUACUAAAUAACUGUGAAUUUGCUAUGUUUAUCUGCUGCUGAAUAUAUUAUGUGAGGUAUAUUUUGUAAGUAAGA